UUCGGGAAGGCGGCGGGAAGAUGGCGUCCCCCAGGGACCGGCUGGAAGCCGUGGAGGCAGAGGAGAGUGCGAGUCGCCGGGGGAGCUCGGGAGUGGAAGUGGUGUUUCCCUCGGAUCCUGCUUUCUCCGCCCCGCUGUGCCCUCACGGGCCCACUCUUCUGUUUGUGAAGGUGAGCCAAGGGAAAGAAGAAACCCGGAGGUUUUAUGCCUGCUCAGCCUGUAGAGAUAGAAAAGACUGUAAUUUUUUUCAAUGGGAAGAUGAAAAGUUGUCAGAAGCUAGACUUGCUGCCCGAGAAGCUCAUAACCGAAGAUGUCAGCCUCCCCUGUCCCGAAGGCAGUGUGUGGAAAGGUACUUGAAGUUUAUAGAGUUGCCCUUGACUCAGAGGAAGUUUUGUCAAAGGUGUCAGCAGUUGCUGUUACCAGAUGAAUGGGGGAGGCAUUGUGAGCAUCAGGUCAUGGGUGAUGUUUCUAUCACCCAGUUACGAAGGCCCAGUCAACUCCUUUAUCCAUUGGAAAACAAGAAGGCAAAUGCCCAGUAUCUGUUUGCUGAUAGGAGCUGUCAGUUCUUGGUAGACCUACUUUCUACCCUUGGAUUCAGAAGAGUACUGUGUGUUGGAACACCAAGGUUGCAUGAGCUGAUCAUGUCGACAGCAUCAGGUGACAAGAAGUCUAACAUUAAAAGCCUUUUACUGGAUAUUGAUUUUCGGUAUUCACAGUUUUAUAUGGAGGAUAGUUUUUGCCAUUAUAACAUGUUUAACCAUCAUUUCUUUGAUGGAAAGGCUGCCCUUGAAGUAUGCAGAGCAUUUUUACAGGAAGAUGAAGGUGAAGGAGUCAUUAUGGUGACAGAUCCUCCUUUUGGUGGCUUGGUUGAACCUCUGGCUGUUACAUUCAAGAAGUUAAUUGCUAUGUGGAAAGAAGGUCAAAGUCAAGAUGACAGUCACAAAGAACUACCCAUUUUCUGGAUUUUCCCCUAUUUUUUUGAAUCCCGCAUUUGUCAGUUUUUUCCAAGCUUCUGCAUGCUGGAUUACCAGGUAGAUUAUGAUAAUCAUGCACUUUAUAAACAUGGAAAGACAGGUCGAAAACAGUCUCCUGUGCGUAUUUUCACUAACGUUCCACGCGACAAAAUAAUCCUUCCUACCGAAGAAGGAUACAGAUUGUGCCCUCUUUGUCAACGAUAUGUUUCUCUAGACAAUCAGCACUGUGAGCACUGUAAUUCUUGCACAUCCAAGGAUGGCAGGAAAUGGCGCCAUUGCUUUCUCUGCAAAAAAUGUGUAAAGCCUUCCUGGAUCCACUGUGGCAUUUGCAAUCAUUGUGCUCUUCCAGGUCACUCUUGCGAGGGCCCUAAAGAUGGCUGUUUUAUUUGUGGUGAAUUGGAUCACAAACGCAGUACUUGUCCUAACAUCGCUCCAUCUAAAAGAGCUAACAAAGCUGUCAGAAAGCAGAAGCAAAGAAAAAGUAAUAAGAUGAAAAUGGAGACCACUAAAGGACAAUCCAUGAAUCAUACAUCUGUUACAAGGAAAAAGAAAAGGAGAGAAAGAGCCCAUCAAUAUCUUUGCUCUUAAAUGUCCAGUGACUUGAGAAUAAGAAAGAUUUAUAGCCCAACCUUUGAUGCCAUUUUCUGGAAGUGCCACACUGGACUUAAAUUCAGCCGCUUUCAGAGGUGUGCAGCUUUUUAAGCUAGAUAAUAGGGGGGUGGCAUUCGCUGGUUCAUUCGCUGCCUCUCUGAAGACCUGGGGAGUUGUUCCAUCCUCGCUGGUUUACUGGCUUCCUCAGCAUGCUUUUUUCCUCUCUUUAAGGCUUU